AUGACGACGAAGGAAUUGUACACUAAGGAUGCCCGAAUUUGGGUGGAACACCCAGUGAAAGUUUGGGAAGGUGCAACCGUCACUAGUGACUAUCGAUCCGGAGUGCUUAUCGUCAAAAUAGACCAGACUGGUGAAAUUCGACAAAUCAAAAUCUCAGAUGAAACUAAACUGCCUCCACUCCGGAACCCGUCGCUGCUUAUCGGUCAGAAUGACCUUACGUCGCUAUCGUAUUUGCACGAGCCCGCUGUUCUACACAAUCUUAAAGUCAGAUUUUGUGAUCGCAAUGCUAUCUAUACUUACUGUGGGAUCGUGCUUGUCGCUAUCAAUCCCUAUUACGACUUACCAAUAUAUGGUGACGAAACGAUAAUGGCCUACCGUGGUCAGUCCAUGGGAGACUUGGACCCUCAUAUAUUUGCUGUGUCCGAAGAGGCCUACACGAAACUAGAGAGGGAGAGACAGGAUCAGAGUAUUAUUGUUAGUGGAGAGUCCGGUGCAGGAAAGACCGUGUCUGCCAAAUAUGCAAUGCGAUACUUUGCAGCGGUGGGCGGUAAUGCUAGCGAGACACAAGUGGAAAGGAAAGUACUGGCUUCCAGUCCUAUUAUGGAGGCGAUAGGUAAUGCAAAGACAACUAGAAAUGAUAAUUCAUCUAGAUUCGGCAAGUUCAUAGAAAUUCACUUCGACCAGCAGUACAGGAUAUCUGGUGCGAGCAUGCGGACUUACCUUCUAGAAAAGUCUAGAGUGGUCUAUCAGAGUGCUGGGGAACGGAAUUAUCAUAUAUUCUACCAGUUGUGUGCAGCGGCUGAUUAUAUGCCGGAGUUGAAGUUGGAUCACCAAGACUCAUUCCAUUAUCUGAACCAAGGCGGGAGUCCUGAAAUUGACGGCGUUGAUGACUUGAGAACCUUCAACGAGACUAAGAAUGCUUUGACUACGUUAGGAGUGUCGGAUGCUGAGCAACAAGACAUGUUCGUUGUUCUGGCGGCCAUCCUUCAUCUUGGCAACAUUCAGCUCAGCGCGGAACCUGAUGACGGCAGUGAUGGGGACGGAGCUUAUAUUGAUUCGGACGAUCCCCAUCUAAUAACAGUGUGCUCACUCCUCGGCAUUUCCAAGCCGGAAUUAUCAAGAUGGCUGACACACCGGCGUAUAGCGUCUGCGCACGAAGUCAUAGUGUCCCGCAUGGACGUGCAGAAGGCGGCCUUCGCCAGAGACGCCCUCGCCAAGAGGAUGUACGGGGAACUUUUCGGAUGGCUCGUACAAGGGGUGAAUAGGGCCUUGGAUACAGGACAUGCGAAGAGACAUUUUAUUGGUGUCUUGGACAUCUACGGGUUUGAAACGUUCGAAAUCAAUUCGUUCGAACAGUUCUGCAUCAAUUACGCAAAUGAGAAACUUCAACAACAGUUUAACUCUCACGUCUUUAAACUGGAACAGGAUGAGUAUAUAAAGGAAGAAAUAUCCUGGAAGAUGAUAGACUUCUACGACAACCAGCCAUGUAUUAACCUGAUAGAGGAUCGCUUAGGCGUAUUAGCGUUGCUGGAUGAGGAGUGUCGUGUGCCCCAGGGCUCUGACCCUGGCUUCGUGGCCAAGUUGCACGACAAGUGCGCCAAGUACCCGCACUUCUUGAAGCCGAGGUUUGGGAAUGCUGCAUUCAUUAUAAAGCAUUUCGCGGACAACGUAGAGUAUCAAUGCGGGGGAUUCCUGGAGAAGAACCGGGAUACAGUUCUGGAGGAACAGCUGGAGUGUGUGAAAGCUGGUACCAACUGCCGGCUCAUACACGUGAUGUUUGCGGAGACCCCUGUGGAACAUUCCGCCACCCUCCCACCACCUUCGAGGAGGAGGACCACCCCCUCUGUUGCGAUGGGUAGUCUUACUCAACCACCACGCAGAGCCUCAGGCCAGAAGCAAACAGUAGGAGCUCAGUUCCGUGCGUCACUCUCCGCGCUCAUGGCCACGCUGUCCGCCACCACGCCUCACUACGUGCGCUGCAUCAAGCCCAAUGACACUAAACAAGCCUUCCAGUUCGACGCGGCCAGAGCCGUGCACCAGUUGAGAGCUUGUGGUGUUUUGGAAACUAUUAGGAUAUCGUCUGCUGGUUUCCCAUCAAGAUGGCUGUACCAGGACUUCUUCCAAAGAUACCGCCUACUUUGUCGAUUCAAAGACAUCGACCGCGCGAACAUAAAGAAGACGUGUUCUAAAAUAUUAGAAAGACAUGUGAAAGACCCUGAUAAAUACCAGUUUGGUGCUACCAAAAUAUUCUUCAGAGCUGGACAGGUGGCGUACCUAGAGAAGCUGCGCGCAGAGCUGCAGCGUCUGUACUGCGUGCGAGUGCAGAGCUGCGUGCGUGGCUUCCUCGCGCGUCGCCGCUACACGCGCCUUGUUGCCGCACUACGUGGCCUGCAGGCGCGCGCGCGUGGCUUCCUCGUGCGCAGGAAAGUCCAAGAGAUCCGUCGUAACCGUGCAGCUAUCAAGAUCCAGAAGACUGUCCGCGGGUGGCUCGCGCGCGCCCAGUACCGCCGCGUGCGCUCGCUCGCCAUAGCGCUGCAGGCGCGCGCGCGCGGCUACCUAGCGCGGCGGUUGUAUAAGAACAAGAAGUUACUUAAACUGACUAUUGGUUUGCAACGCUACGCGCGCGGUUACCUCGCGCGCACACGCAUGAAGAAGAUGCGACGCCAGAUUGUCAUAUGCCAGGCUGCUAUACGUCGUUGGCACGCUCGUCGCCAAUACAAAAGGUUACGUAUCGAGGCUCGUAGUCUGGACCACGUCAAGUCCUUGAAUAAAGGUCUGGAGAACAAAAUCAUCAGUCUACAGCAGAGGCUAGAAGAUGCUCAGAACAAGGCUAGGAAGAUAGAGCCGCUACAAGCCCAGAUAGAUGAGCUUAGGGCAAAAGUAGAAUCAUUAAAGUUAAUCGAAAUGGAAGCGAAAGCUCUUAAAGUCGACAUCUCGACCAAAGACAAUCUUCUCAACGAAUUGCGCGCUGAAAUAGCUAAAGAGAAAGAGAGUAAGAAGAAAUUGAUAGAAGAGAAGAAGGCGAUAGAAGAAGUUUAUAAGAAAAACAAAGAAGCACACGAAGCUGAGAGUGAGAAGUUGGCGAAUGAAUUGAAGAGUAAUAAAGAACAUUAUGAAUUGGCCAUUGAAGAACGCGAUAAACAACAUGAGGCGGAAAAAAGGGCGUUACGUCACGAGUUGGAGUCAGAGAGACAAGGUCGACAGAAGCUACUGUCUUCUCAAUACGAACUGCAAGAGCGUUUGGAUUCAAUACAGAGUAGGGGUCCCGGGUUUAAAGAGCACAGAAGGUCUCUGUCAGAUGCUAGUACCAAUUCCCAACAAGAAACCGCGGUUGAAGACGAUUUCGGUUAUGGCUCAGUGCGGUCUGUAGAGACGUCCCGUCCGGCGCUAGAAGCCGUCAACUGGUCUGCUGGCUCACACAAUGGACCUAUGCCGAUGGCGGACGCGGGUCUCGUACUGCGAAUGCAGAACAGGAUAUCAGUGUUGCAAGGCGAGCUGUCGCGCACUUCCAAACGAGCGGCCGAUUUAGAAGAAAGGAUCAUGAACCGGCUUACAUCGCCACCGUCGAAUCCAGACUCCGAUAGGUUCAAAGUGGAGGAACUGGAGAUAGAAAAUAAGAAGUUACGAGAACAUCUAGAAAGACUUCGCGGUGCAGACACUACGCAUAUAUCGAAGGAAAUUGUUGAACAAUUGGCGGCCAUGCAGAAGGAAUUGGAUAGGCGACGCGAUGAAUGUGUACAGUUAAAGAGUGUUCUUACACACCAGAAACCAUGGUUCCAAGCAUUGAAGAGCGUCACGGUGAAUCUAAAGUCCCUUGCAACAUCAAACUACGGUUCCGAUGUGGAUAUUAUAAAUGAAGAUGGCGAAUUAGCAACAGCUUAUCAAGCGCAGAAGGGAAUUAAUAGACAAUUGCAAGAAGAGCUCGUAGCUGAGAAGAAGUUCUACUCCGAACACAUAGCCAAAUCGAAGCAAGAGAUAGAUCGUCUCAGAGAUGAGAAUGAGAAGUAUCAGAAGUUGCUGAGUGCAGAUUUGAGUCAGGAACCCAAAAAUAAGAGCCAAGAAUUCGCCCAGAAUGAGAUUAUCAGAUUGGCAUCAGAAAAUCUUGCUAUUCAGGAACGUAUUGACAAAUUGUCAGAGAGUUGUCGAAGGUAUAAGAAUCAAAUCAGGUUACUAGUGAAUAAACUGAAGGAAGUAGGAGUUGAGGAUGUACAGGAUAUUCUUGAAGGCAAUGAAACAAUCGUGUCACAGAACAUUUCAACAGCUUUAGAGAUAACACCGGUGAUGCGUAAGAAGGAAAGAGAGUACUUGGGCAUGUUUGAAUAUAAGCUGCAAGAUGAGGGGACCAUUAUAAAGAAACUCGUCACUGAUCUAAAACCCCGUGUAGCAAUAACCCUGCUCCCGGGUUUGCCUGCCUACAUACUGUUCAUGAUGCUGCGCCAUACCGACCACGUGGACGAUGAGCCCAAGAUGCACCAGCUCAUGAAGGCGAUACGUACUGGAGUCAAGAAGACUCUCAAACGGAGAGCAGAGAGUGUUGAGUAUAGUGCUCUCUGGUUGUCUAAUAUGCUCAGACUACUAAACAACCUCCGCCAGUACAGCGGCGAUGCUAUCUACCAAGCAGGCAACACGCCGCGACAAAACCAGCAAAGUUUGAGAAUAUUUGACCUGUCCGAGUAUAGACAAGUACUCAGCGAUAUCGCCAUUUGGAUAUAUCAAGGUCUCAUCAACCUGCUGGAACGACAACUGGAACGUCUUAUAAUGCCAGCAAUCCUGGAAUACGAGGAGAUCAGCGGUCUGUCGGGCCCCCCGAGGGUGGCUCCAUCGCCGCCCUCCGCCGGCCCCGCGCGACUCAAGCACGAACUAGCGACCACGCACGACCAUCUCAAAGUGCACGCGGUGGACCCCGCGCUACGUGUUGUUAUAUUUAGACAGCUAUUCUACUACAUAUGCGCAUACAGUUUGAACCAACUUCUUCUACGCAAGGACCUCUGCUGUUGGGCAAAAGGGUUGCAGAUUCGAUACAAUAUAUCUCACUUGGAAACGUGGAUCAAGGAGCAUUUGGCUGAAUAUGGACAAAAGAGUAUGGAAGAGAUCCUGAGCGUGCUAAAGCCAAUAACUCAAGCAGUCCAACUUCUGCAAGCGCGCAAGUCGAUGGCGGACGUCAACAGUACGGUGGAGAUGUGCGCGGACCUUUCCGCCAUGCAGGUUUGCAAGAUACUCAACAUGUACACUCCAGCUGAAGAGUACGAAGUGAAAGUGACGCGCGAGUUCAUACACGAGAUACAGAAGCUGAUGCAGGAGAGGGCUGGACCGAAUGCUACUAAGGAGCCGCAAAGCCUCCUAAUGGACACCAAAAUGAUAUACGCAGUGCAGUUCAACUACAGUCCAUCCGCUAUUCGCUUGGAAGACAUAGAAGUGCCAGAAGUACUGGAAUUGGAUGGCCUUCUCACGAAAAUA